CCGCCGGAGCGGGGCAGCCGCGGGACCGGACCGGCCGCGCCCGCCGCCGCCAUGGAGUGAGGGGCCGCGCGGCCCGGCCCAGCCCGGCCGCCCCCCGCCAGCGGCGGCUCCCGCCAGCCUCUGGCAGCUCCACCUCCGCCCUGCGCCUUGGCUCUUGCAGCGCGGCCAAGACCCGCGGGGAACGCGCUGCCCGCGAGGACACGUGACGCGACGCCCUGCUCGGCUGUUUGCUUUUGGGGACGGGAAGCCAGGCCUGGGCGGCUGGGCUGGCUGGGGUCCCGCGGCGCCCUGGCCCCACGUCUGGGCGGCGAGCUGCCCCGCCGCAGGCUCCGGGCUCUUCCCCAGCCCGGUCCGGGGGAACCAGCAGCGAGCUCUCCUGUCUCUCCUGCACCAAGACCGUCAGUGCUUGCCAUCCCGCCGCAUGUCCUUGUGCGUCACCCACGGCAGGAGGCGCAGCGAUUCCCUGCAGAUGCAGGAAACUGAGGUGACUGUUCCCAAGAUGUCCCUCUGGAGCAUCGUCUCCCACAUGCCGCCGGAGGAGUUCAGCGGCCUCUUCACGGAGUUUCCCCGCAGUCUGCGCUGUCUCCUGGGCGACUGGCUGGAGAGCCAGCCCUGGGAGUUCAUCAAUGGCUCGGACACCUUCUGCACCAGCGUGGCCAGCGGGUUGCUCUCGGCCAUGCUGGAGAAGCUCCGCAGCGCGGCCGGCAGCAACGGGCAGCAGUGCCAGAUCCUCCAGCAAAUCAGUGGCAUCGAGAGCGCCUACCGGCGGGACCCGCUACGGCUGGUGGCUGUCCUGAAAGCCAUCCUGGAGGGCGAGAAGGCCGCCGUGCUCAAGAGGGACCAUCACCUGCCCCUCAGCUUCCACCGGCGCCAGGAGGAGCUCAAGUUUGGCCUGGGGCUGCAGCGGCUGCAGCACCGCAUCCGCGAGAUCCAGGCGCUGCGGGACGGCUCCGCAGCCUCUCUGCAGCUGAAUGUGCGGGACCCACAGCUGAAGCUUGAAGCGAAACCCGCGGAGAGUGAGCUGCCCACCCUGAUCCUGGAGGCCGUGAAAGAGCUGGAAUUGGCCAAACAGCAGGUACUGAAGAGGAUCCAAAUCUGGAAGAGGCAGCAGCAGCUGGCGGGGAACGGGGCCCUCUUUGAGGAGAACCUUGCUCCGCUGCAGAAGAGGUGUGAGAGCCUGGUCGAGGUUUACUUCCAGCUGCACCAGCAGGUGAUGGCGGCGAGCGCGGAGCUGGGGGCUGAGCUGCUGCCCCGGCUCCUGGAGCGGUUCAACGAGGUGUUAUCCAGCCUGGUCAAGAGCUCCUUCCUGGUGGAGAAGCAGCCCCCGCAGGUGCUGAAGACCCAGACCAAGUUCCAGGCGAGCAUCCGAUUCCUGCUGGGCCCCCAGCUGCUGAAGGCGUCGGCGAAGCCCUACAUGGUGCGGGCCGACAUGGUGACAGAGAAGCAGGCGCGGGAGCUGGCGCUCAGCGCCUACAGCAACACCCUCAGCGAGAGCACAGGGGAGAUCAUGCAUAACGUAGUGGCCCUGGAGACCAACCCCACCAAUGGGACCUGCUGCGCCAACUUCAAGAACGUGCUGCUGAAGAAGAUCAAGCGCUGUGAGCGGAAGGGGUCUGAGUCGGUGACAGAGGAGAAGUGUGCCGUCCUGUUCAGCACCACUGUGGCCCUGACCCCCAGCAACCUCUCCGUCCACCUCCAGGUGCUGUCUCUCCCCAUCGUGGUCAUCGUCCAUGGGAACCAGGACAAUAACGCCAAAGCAACCGUGCUGUGGGAUAACGCCUUCUCUGAGAUCGACCGGGUGCCCUUCGUGGUGGCCGAGCGGGUGCCCUGGGAGAAGAUGUGUGAUACGCUGAACCUGAAGUUCAAGGCGGAGGUGCAGACCACCAAGGGGCUUCUCAAGGAGCAUUACUUCUUCCUGGCCCAGAAGAUCUUCAAUGACCACAGUGCCAGCCUCGAGGACUUCCAGAGCCGCAGUGUCUCCUGGGCCCAGUUCAACAAGGAGAUCCUGCCCGGUCGGGGAUUCACCUUCUGGCAGUGGUUUGAUGGAGUCCUUGACCUCACCAAGAGAUGCCUCAAAAGUUACUGGUCAGACAGGCUCAUCAUUGGCUUCAUCAGCAAGCAGUACGUCUGCAAACUCCUGAGCACGGAGCCUGACGGGACCUUCCUGCUCCGCUUCAGCGACUCGGAGAUCGGGGGUGUCACUAUUGCUCAUGUCAUCCGGGGCAAGGACGGCUCCAGCCAGGUGGAGAACAUCCAGCCCUUCUCUGCCAAGGACCUCUCCAUCCGCUCCCUCGGCGACCGCAUCCGGGACCUGGGGCAGCUCCGCAACCUCUACCCGAACAUCCCCAAGGACCAAGCGUUCGGGAGUCACUACAACAAAGAGCAGACGGGUAAGGACGGCCGGGGCUACGUCUCCACCGCCAUCAAGAUGACAGUGGAAAGCGAAAGGGACCAGCAGCCCCAGAGCACCACAGGGGCCCCCCCCGAGGGCCCCCAGGCUCAGAUGUUCAGCCUGCCCAUGCUGCAGCCCGAGCUGCGCCCUGAGAGCCUGCAGUCGGUGCUCAGCCCCAUCUGCCCCCCUGCUCCCUUCUGCCCCCAGCCUGUUCCCACGGGCUACCCCACAGGUGAGAGCAGCAUCGACAUGAUGGUCUCCAACAACCUCGGGUCCUCCUUCCCUAGCACGUCACCGAUGCUCUCGCCAUCCCUGGCCAUGGACCACGCGCUGCCCUGCUGCCAAGACCUUGCCUUCAGGAACCCCUUGCCCUUCAUGCCCAACCAGUACAUCGCGGGGGAGGCCUCGCAGCUGCUGUCGGCGGGCCCCUCACCAGAGCCACAGGACGAGGAGAUGGCCGAGCUGGCCCCCUUCACACCGAUGGUGGAGCCGCCGCUGCAGAGCUCCCCAAGGUGGAUGCCGCCCAGCCUGGACCUGCCACCCAGCUCCAACUUCGACCAGUUACUGCAGGAGAUGCCCAUGGAGGGCCCUGCGCUGUGCCCCCCCUUCACACCCCCCCUGCAGCACAGCGGGUACCCCAGCCCCAACGCCUCUUGCUGGGGAGUCGGGGAGUCGCGGUGGGAUGACAGCGUCCGGCCAGGGCACGCAUGAGGAGGCUGCGGGGUUGCUGGGGGGGACGUUGGACUGUGCUCCGCUGCCCCCCCCAGCCUUGUCUGUGUUCCUGGACUUGAUACGGCUUGUGCUGGGGUGGAAACUCUGGCAGGGGAGGGGGGAAUUUUCCGGGGGGGGGUAGCACUUUGGGUAACACUCUACCCCCCUCCCCCGUGUGUAUACGCUGCACUUUGGAGCACGGAGAUGCUGCCCGCCCACGCUGCUGCUGGGGUCCGCGCUCCCGGGAGGCAGGGGGUGUGGGGGCGCAGGGGCCCCGACCUGCGGGGGGGUUCCCGCAGCCAAGCGCGGUGCCCCCAGCCCACGCCACCGGGCUCGGCCCUGUGGGGGCUGGGAUGAGUCAGCUGCGGGGGCGGGAGGCAGCAGCGGGAAACACACUGGGGCGGACGUGCCAGCCCAGUGUGUGACAGGCCCCCCCUGCCCGGGGGGGGGAUAUGCAGGGACCCCGUGCUCUGGUCCAGGGGGACACGGACCCCUCACACCCGCAGCUGGCGCUUGCUUUGGGGUUUGUGAGCUCCCCCCCCAGCCUGGAGCAGGGCCCCAGCAGGGACAGGGAGCCGGGGGGGGGCAUGGGGGCAGGAAGAUAAGCCAUAAAAUAAAGUUUUAUUCCAAAAUAACAAAAUAAAUAAUCUA